UACCUUCAAGAAAUGGAUUUUACCGGCAAAGUGGUGUUGAUCACCGGAGCAUCGUCCGGCAUCGGUGAGGGAACGGCCAUCUAUUUCGCCAAGUUUGGUGCUUCGCUUGCACUUACGGGACGCAACGAGGCCAACCUGAAGAAGGUGGGCGAUGCGUGUGAGGCAGCGUCGAAGAACAAACCGCUGCUGAUCGUUGCCGACGUUACCAAGGAGGAGGACAAUAAGCGUGUGCUGGAUGAGAUUGUUGCCAAGUAUGGCAAGUUGGAUGUGCUGGUCAACAAUGCCGGCAUACUGGGCAAUGGAUCGAUCGAGAACACGAGCCUGCAGCAGUACGAUGAGUUGAUGAACACGAACGUUCGUGGGGUGUAUCACCUGACCAUGCUGGCCGUCCCGUUGCUGAUAGCAACCAAGGGUAACAUUGUGAAUCUGUCGAGCGUUGCUGGAAACCGAUCGUUUCCGGGCAUUUUGGCGUACAGCAUGUCGAAGGCAGCGAUUGAUCAGUUUACGCGCUGCACGGCGCUGGAGCUGGCUCCGAAGCAGGUUCGCGUCAAUGCCGUCAAUCCGGGUGUCAUCAUUACGGACAUUCACAAGCGCGGCGGAAUGGAUGAGGAAGCGUAUGCUGCUUUCCUGAAGAAAUGUGAACAAACGCAUGCCCUGGGACGUGCGGGUGUAGCGGAAGAGGUCGCCUCUACAAUCGCCUUUUUAGCAUCGGAUGGUGCCAGUUUCAUUACCGGCGUUACGCUGAACGUGGACGGCGGUAGACACGCCAUGUGCCCGCGGUAAUGCGAGCCUUCGGACACAAUGACAUAACGCGUACAUUUAUCAUUCGAACGGUUUUAUUCGAAGUAAAACACUUUUAUCACUGUAACAUAA